AUGGCGAAACAAGGACGAAAAGCACGAGGACGAACACCGAUUUCACCAGAUCGAACUCCGAUAUCAACUCCUAUAGCUCAGAAUGAAGUUGCGGUCACUCCACACCACCAGUCGACGAACAAUCAUGAUCGUUCGCUUCACGCAGCAUUUCCGAUGAAGAAGGAAUCAUACGACAACGUUCACAGUCCGUUCUUUCUCCAUUCUGCCGAUCAUCCAGGUCUAUCAAUCGUUACUCACACUCUAGAUGGAACGAAUUACAACAACUGGUCGAUUGCUAUGAGAAUGAGCUUACAUGCGAAGAAUAAGCUUAGUUUCGUAGAUGGAUCUCUUCCUCGACCUGAUUUGGAUGAUACUUUGUUUAAGAUCUGGAGUAGAUGUAAUAGUAUGGUGAAUGCUUGGGUGUUGAAUGUAGUGAACAAAGAGAUCUAUGAUAGCAUUCUUUACUAUGAAGAUGCGGUGGAGAUGUGGAAUGAUCUGUAUCUGAGGUUUAGAGUGAGCAAUCUUCCACGAAAGUACCAGCUUGAACAAUCAAUCAUGACUCUAAAACAAGAGAAUCUUGAUCUCUCGACGUAUUACACGAAGAAGAAGACAUUAUGGGAACAAUUGGCUAACACCAGAACUACCACAGUGAAGAGGUGUAAUUGCGAUCAUGUGAAGGAGUUGAUUGAAGAAGCUGAGACGAGCAAAUCAUUCAGUUCCUUAUGGGUUUGA